ACUUGUACAAUCACUGCCUCAGUGCACGGCCACUGUUUAUUUAGACAACCCUUCGUUCUGAAGUAAAGAUGGCAGCCUACAUGAAACGCGUGCCUGUUAUUGGGUUACUAGUAAGAAACUCAAUCCUACAGAAUAUAAGGACGAAUCAUGUCGCAAAAUACGCUAAAAAAGCAGGGAAAGCGGCAGCCAAGUUACCAGAACCAGUAGUAUAUGAAGCAAAGGACCCACAGGAGCUUGUUAAGUACUGUGUUGGAUUAAAUUAUAUGAAAGAGGGCCCUGAAGUUGAACUUAAACCAGACUCUGAAUAUCCAGAAUGGUUAUGGGACCUGCAUAUAGGGCCACCACAAAAAUUGGAAGAACUUGAUCCAGACACUCGAAAGUACUGGAGGAAAAUCCGUAAAAUGCAUAUUAAAAGAAACAAUGCUCUUUCAAAGAACAAGAAAUUCUAACUGGCCUCUUAUAGAACUGAUUUUUUUAUGUUGAAAAGGAAGAAGAGAAAUUAAGACUGCAGUAUUACCUGGUUGAGUAGCAGUACAGUUGCCAACAGAAGUUCAUUUUCUUCUACAGUACAUCAAUAACAUUUGUACUGGAUACCUGUUAUUUAUAUUGAGACUGAUGGAUUGACAAGUUUAUAGGAAGAGUUGAAAGAUGAUAUGCAUAAAUGAAUUAAGUUUUGAUUAAAUUGUGUACAUGGAGAUUUCAGCGGUUCCAAGUUGGAAGAAGUUACUUUUGGGAGAAGUGGUUAAAUUAUUUUUCUUAACACAACCAUCAGCACUUGAUUCCUAAGACACACAAAGUGGUAAAAACAGUAUACAUUUGUGGGAGAUGGGUUAUCUUUUGAAAGAUGCUUGCUUGCGGGAUGGUUGGGGGGGGGGGGGAUGUCCCUAUUUCCGGGAGACACCUGUGGCUUGCUGUGUAUAUGUCAAAUACUUGCUAAUGGUACUGUAAUGUACUGUAGUUAAACUGAAAACAAUUUCCACAAUAUUGAUGUAAUCAUUUAUCAUUUUAAUUUGAACAAUAUUAUUCUAAGGAGCUUAUCGUUUGUUCGUUUCUAGACCCCUGUGGUCUAGGACAUGUAUUUGUAUUUUAUGCCUCUAGCCCAUUUACAGUUACAAAGUAACAUUUGGAGAACGGAAGAAAGUAAAUCACGUCUUCUUAUAUAAGCUAAAUACAGAUACAGUAUUUCAAUAAAUUAUAUAAAACAUUACACGAUGGAACUUAAAAUGUGUUGAAUUUAUAUAAAAGAAAGAUCAUCAUCAUUGCCAUCAAUCAACAAAACAAAAUAAAUAAGGGUAACAAAUUCAUCAUUGA